AAAACAGAAGAAGACUCGAGCCUCUGUUCGUUCCUAUAUAGCUUAACGGCGACUCUCUCUCAAAGCUGGUUAUUCGUGUGAUAGUUACAAGUGCAGAAUCAAGCCUCUGUUUCAGGUUUCUCUAAGCACGUGAAUUGCUGAUUCAAGAAAUCAGCAUCCUAAGGCUAAAGCUAAAGUAAGAAGAUAAAGCAGGAGAGAUGAAGCUGGAUGUGGAUGUGUUGAGAUACCUCACGAAAGAGGAUUUUAGGGUAUUAACUGCUGUCGAAAUGGGAAUGAGAAAUCAUGAAGUUGUACCCUCUGAACUUGUGGAGCGUAUAGCUGCACUCAAGCAUGGUGGCACUUAUAAAGUUAUGAAAAAUUUGCUCAAGCAUAAGCUCUUGCACCACGACGCCUCUAAAUAUGAUGGGUUUCGGCUAACAUAUCUCGGUUAUGAUUUUCUUGCAAUUAAGACUUUGGUCAACCGCGGAGUCUUUUCAGCCGUUGGUCGUCAACUUGGUGUUGGAAAAGAGUCUGAUAUUUUUGAGGUGGCCACCGAAGAUGGUACAGUGAUGGCCAUGAAGUUGCACAGGCUUGGUAGAACUUCUUUCAGGGCUGUCAAGUCUAAGCGUGAUUACCUAAAACACCGUAGCAGUUUCAAUUGGCUAUACUUGUCCCAUCUUGCAGCACUCAGAGAAUUUUCUUUUAUGAAGGCUUUAGAAGAGCAUGGUUUUCCUGUUCCAAAUGCUAUAGAUUGUAACAGGCAUUGUGUGAUUAUGUCACUAGUACCUGGCUACCCACUUGUGCAGGUGAAGCAGUUGGAAAAUCCCGAGAUAGUUUUCAAUACUAUCAUUGGGCUCGUUGUUCGUCUGGCAGAACAUGGUUUGAUUCACUGUGACUUCAAUGAGUUUAACAUUAUGAUUGAUGAUGAUGAGAAGAGCACCAUGAUUGAUUUUCCACAAAUGGUCUCUGUAUCACACCGUAAUGCUCAAAUGUACUUUGACCGUGAUGUGGAAUGUGUCUUUAAGUUUUUCAGUAAGAGGUUCAAUAUGUCUUUCCAUGAAUGCACAGCUGAUAUUGAUGGCUCAGCGGUAGACACAGAUGAUAGUGGCAGGCCUUCUUUUACUUCAGUAGCGAAGGAUACUGGUUUUCUUGACAAGGAACUUUCUGCCAGCGGGUUUACUAAAAAGGACCAGGAAGAAAUUUCUAAGUUUAUUGAAGGAGGGAUCAAGAAGGAUGCUAGUUCUGAUGAUGAAGAUACUGAAGAUGACGAAUACAUCUCUAUGUUAAAUGAAGCAAACACAAUCGGUGUUGAUUCGCUACAUAUGGUAGAUCAGGAGAGAUACAGUGAGACGGUUAAUAACGACUAUGAUGUUGAGCUGGUAAAACGAUUGAACAAGGUGAGGCAAAAUGCUGUAACAGUAGCCCGUGGAGGACAAAAAACUUUUGCAUCCAGAAACGCCUACAAAGACAAGGGUGGUAAAUCCUCUAACAGUUCCAAAGUCCAAAGACAAUUAAGUAGCUGGUGAAAUAUGUAAAAUGCCACCACAAAAUCCUAGGUGCCAACAACUUUAGAAGAUAUUAACUAAUGUAGAGGUUGGUUUUCUGUAGUCAGAUGCCCUGGUUUUUGUUUUUCUUCAUUAGUGGCAGGCAUUUUACUAAUUUUUUGACUGAUUUCAUAAAAUUUCAGUUUAAAUAAUAAUUUGUUGUGCACUGUGCCUGUAUGAUCCGCUUGUGUCAUGAACUUAGCCAGAUGGUCGAGUUCCGCAUUCAUCUUCCAGGCAAUAAAGAUUUCAAGAUCGAGAAAGAAAGCUUCAAGAUGGCCAUG